AUGUCUGAAAACCAAGAAACUAGAUUAGAACGCAUCGCUCGUUACAAACAGGAAAGAAGGAAACAACUGGACGAGCAAUUCGCCUCUUUCAAAGCACCAGCGAAAACCACCAGGCCGACGAACAAAGAUGGAAAUUCCUCGCACAGCUCGGACAGUCCUCGACCGACGAUAACCUCCAAAUUACGAGCUGCAGCUACAUCGAAAUCCUCCGCGAAUGAUUCCAACGAGUGCGACACGAAAGCAGGAAGCAAACGGAUAGAACGAGACAAGAGCAACAAACGGAAAUCCAAUCUUAAUCGCUCGUUGAACAGCGAGGAAGUUCCAUCAUCGGAAGGCUCCACCGUCGGCGACGUGAAGAUCCGCCGACGCCGGCGACGUUUCUUCCCCGCCGAAGUGUUCGAAACAUCAGGUAACGAAGCUUCGACCGCCUCCUUAACACCUUCCAGUCCUACUCCGAAGAAAAUCGAACCCGCCGACAACAAAUACGCCGCCAAAUACAAGCCCUACAAGUACAAAUCCACCGCCAAACCCAACGAACCGAUGCGCUUCAGUCCUAAAUCGUCCACCAGCAGAUCGGGAGCUUCGGACGAUGAGAAAUGCAAAUCAGUACCAGCGCGAGGCGAGAAGAAAAUGGAGUCUAAACCCGGCCAGAAAUCGAGGAGUUCCAAAGAUAAAUUGUGUUCGAUCCUCAAGAAGAACUCUUCAGACGAAAUUCCUGUGAUAGUAGCCGAUGCUUCGAGCGCUGCUGUAGUAGGUCCGGUAUCGAUAUUGAAGCGAAAAGCUUCGCAAGAUACCAAACUAGAACACCAUCAUUCGACCAACACGCCUCCGGUCACCUUCUCGCCCAGCGUUUUAGAACCGUCGAGCGAUCGCCGCAAGCAGGGCAUCCUGAAGAAACGCCGCAGCCUCGACGAAUCCUCGGUGCUGCGCCAUCGCAGCUGCAGCCCCGACAAAACCGCCGCCGAUUCGCGCUCUAUUUUAAAGAACCAACGGCGCUCUUCGCUCGAAGAGCUCAGACGAACCAGAUCGCCCGACCUCCACGGCAUCCUCAAACACCGCCAGCCCAACUACGACUACGACGAUCACUCGUUGGACUCGCCGCAGAGCAUCCUCAAGCGGCGGUCUGGCGGCAGCGGCGGAGGAGGCGGCUCGCCGCACGUUUCCAUCGCGACGGCGGUCAUCCUGGCGGCGGCCGGCGGCGCCGAGAUGGUGCUCAAUUCGGACGGGGAAUCGGUGCGGCCCAUACUGAAGAAGAAGAGCUCGUGCGAGGAACGAGCGCAUUGCAACGAUGGCGCUGCGGACGCUCCGCCCCGGCCUAUUCUGAAGAAGAAAUCCAGCACGGAUACGGAGGAAUCGUCGGAGGAGCGCCGGAGGUCUAUACUCAAAUUGGCGAGGAGUUCGUUGGAGUUUGAGGCGUUGGAAAUCGAUGCGCAAUCGAAGGAUGCUAGCGAGGCGGAAGGCGAGGUUGCCGCUCAUUCGGUGAGGCCGAUUUUGAAGCAGACUGUUGGUAGAGAGGAGUCCACCAGGAGGCUUUCGUUUAGAUCCGGUACCGAGUGCGAUCGAUGGUCGAGGAGGUCUCACACGAUCAGCAGCAGCGACUUGGAGAUCGAAUCGUUGAAGGUGAAGCGUCGCGACGAGGACGGUUUGGGCAAGCCGAGGCCGUUUUCGGUGUCUGAGUUGGUGAAAUCGUUCGAGGGAGGCGGUUCGACGGGAGCGGUGCCGAAGAGGAAUAACAACAACAAGAGGGCUGGUAAUAACCGGUACAAAACGCAACCGGUUACUUUCAACGAAUUGGAAGCUAGCCGGAAUUUGGUGAAAACUCCUCAACAGUUCGACGACGAUCGUAACGAUUUCGAGGGACGUCGCGACGCCCGUUCGCUGUUGGACUUUUCCUCGUCGUUGGGCAGAAAUGCCGGUCAAGUGAAGGGUUUUUUGGCGUCUUCGAUGCGCUCCCAGAGGAGUCCCGAGAGCGUCGCCGGAGAGAAAAUGUCUUCGGAUUCGGCGUUUCAAUCGCUCGGAGACGGUUUGGAAUUGGAACAGAUCGACGAAUCUACUCGAUCGUCCGAUGCGGAUAAGAACGAUGAAGACAACAAUCCUGAAUCGUGCGAAAACGUAACCAACCCAACAAAUCGAUACCAAUCGAGAAAAUACAAUUCCACUACGCAGCUCAUCUCGCGCUCCAUCACCAUCGAGGCGAUAAAAACCGCUAGUAAACAUUCCUCCAAAGAAGAAUCGUUUCUAGAAGAUCCAUCGAAGACCAGAAGCAAAUCGACUGAUAAGGACGACGAAGGGAUAUCCUGCAACGAUUCGGAUUCCUGCUCGGAUUCCGAUGCAACGCCGAAGGUGCGAUCGCUCGAGGACGAUGAGUGGACGAAGAAAGAUCGGGAGGAAUCGCGAACGAAACGCUGUUGUGAUAGUAGUACUUCGGAAGGGGAAUCGUCGGGCGGUAGGGAGAUCAAGAGCAUCUUCAACAGCGAUUAUAUUUCGAAGAUUAGGCGGACUCCCGCAGGCGGCUCGUCGACCACCAUCAAUCAGGAAUCGUUCGUCGAUGAUUCCGAUUUGAACGCAAAGUCCAAUCGACAGUACAACAUGCCCCAGGUGAUCGCCGACAUCACGGCGAAGCUCCAAACCUCCGGGGAAUCCGAAUGGAAGAAGCGCCUCGCCUCGCGGAACAACUUCAACGACGAGUUGAAGCUGUUGAAGGAUGAUAUUUCCAGUAAAAAGAGCCAGCUGGACGCGGCGCUGACGAAUUGGAAGAACCGCGUGGAGAAGUCCGAUGCUGAAAAGUUUUCGGUCGCCGCCAAAACCGAUCAUUCGCUGGUCCGCGUGAAUUUGCCCAGCGCUUUGGAAACGAAGAGUCCGCACCAGAAGAAGUUCAAAUUGAAGCAAGGUUCCGAUUCAGCUUCGACGUCUCCGGAACGGAACGGAAGCGCCCUGAUUCGAAGCCAAUCUCUGUCGUUUUCAACGAAAUUCAAUUCCACCGAAUACACGAAGCGAAUCGAAGAUAGCUCAUCGACGACGAAGAAAUCUGUCACCGUUUUGAAUCCGGACGAUAUCACGAUGAAGAAAUUCUUCAAGACCUUCGAUCACGUCCAUCACCAAGCCGACGUGUCUCUGGCCGAUUUCGACGCCGUCCAGCGACAAUCUCUAUUAGUGAUCCGGAAGAACGUGCAAGUGCGCAAGCGCAAAACCGCCUCCAACAACAAUCCGAUCAAAGCCUUAGCUUCGAGGAGCGACAUUUCCAACGAAUACACCGAAAUCCUCACCGGCGUGGCGGAGAGAGAGAAGAAAAGACUAAACAUUGAGAAACUAGCGAAAAAUUCCGACAAAGCCCUCGACGCCCUGGCCGGUCUGGCGAGCAACGAAGACUUCAAAUCAAUCGCUUUGAAAAAAUCCUCGGGUCAAAUCUUCCAGGCCCCGUGGAAAGACCUGAUGCUGUUGCAGAUCAAAGGCAGACGGCACGUUCAAACCAGAUUAGUCGAACCGAUCGCCGAUAGCAUCAACGAGGGCGACAAUUACAUUUUAAUUACACCGUCGGCUUAUUACACCUACACCGGCGCCCAUUCGAACGUCAUCGAGCAAUCGAGGAUGUCCGAUAUCGUGAAUCACAUCGCCAAAACCGGCGAUUUGGGAUGUAAAGGAAAAAGCCUCUACGCUCUGAGCGCUGCCGAUAAAUCCUCGAAGCAUGCUUUAGAUUUUUGGAAUCAUUUAGGAUCCGACGGUGUACCGGAGGUUGCGAAAGCCGGGCAUUCGAACGAAGACGAAUCCUACGAAUCCAGCGUUCUACUCACUAAUAUGAUCUACUCGUUGGACGGGGACGAGCUGGUGCCGUGCGAUCGCCAUUGGGGCGCCGCGCCGAGAUUCGAGAUGCUCGAAGACGCCGCCGGCGUCUACGUGUUCGAUUUCGGCGCCGAGAUGUACGUGUGGAGCGGCAAGAACGCGGCGCCGGCGCGGAAGAGGAUCGCUUUGAAGGUGGCUAAAGAGAUGUGGUCGGAAGGAUACGAUUACAGCGAUUGUGGUUUCUGUCCGUUGGGCGUCGCUUCGAUGUUGGGCGAUCGGCGUCGCGACGGCGAAUCGCGGAUGUCGGGCGAUCGUCGGCCCGAUUGGGCGUUGUUCGCUAAGCUGACGCAGCACCGGGAGACUAUAUUGUUUAAGGAGAAGUUUCUCGAUUGGCCGGAUUUCUCUAGGAUAAUACAGUUUAAAACUAGCGAGAAUUUGGAUAAAGCGAACGGUUCUGUAGAUAUUCGACCGUGUGAUGUUGACGAGAUGCUAAAUAAGGAGCGAACGCUGCCCGAUUUGAUCGUUGAAAACGUUCACAUGGGUAGAGGAGAUCGGUAUUUCGAUGAGGAAACUCGCAGGCUGUUCGUGUACGAUACUUUGAAUGUAACUGGCUGGAGGAUAAUAGAGCCCAGUUACGAAAAACUGGCGACGAAGGAUUUGGGCACUUUCUACGACGGCGACAGCUACAUAUACAGAUGGGAUUUCAGGCAAACUGUCCGAGGAAGGGAAUUGAAUGGAAAUCCUUCCAAACACGCCGCCGUUGGUAGAGAUCGGUGCAUUUUCUUCUACUGGCAAGGUUGUAAUUCUUCGAUCAAGGAAAAAGGAGUGGCCGCUCUGUUGACGGUGGAACUGGAUAAGGAAAACGCGCCGCAAAUUCGGGUGACCCAAGGGGCAGAACCGGCCGCUUUUCUGCGCCUGUUCGCCGGAAAAAUGACGGUGCAAAAGGGCAAAAGGACCGAGGACGAUGCGAAAAGUCGGCUGUUUAUAUUGCGAGGCGAGAAGGACGACGAAAUGUAUUUGAUGGAGGUGGAUUUGGACGUCGCCUCGUUGAGGAGUAAAUCGUCGUUUGUUCUGUUCGAUUACAACAACGAUAGAGCUUUUAUAUGGCACGGUGCGAAAUCGAAGUCUCUAAAGCGAAAGGGGGUGUUGAGAUUUACGCCGGAAUCGAUGAAAGUUGUCGAAAUGAACGAAGGAUCCGAAACCGAAGACUUUUGGAAUUUAUUAGGAGAAGAUAGAAACUUGUACCAUUCGCUAUUGGAUUCGAACGAAUCCUUCGAUCACACUAUCAGAAUGUUCAACAUGUGCAGUUUAACUGGCGAAUUUUCGGCCAGCGAGAUUCUGUGCCCGCACAGGAGCGAACAUUCCACUCCUUAUCCUUUCGUUCAAUCCGAUCUCUAUUCGGCCAGCCAACCGGCUCUGUUUCUAGUCGACAACGAUCACGAAUUGUGGCUGUGGCAGGGUUAUUUGCCGGAGCCCCGGCAUCUCGAAGAGGACCAAAUGGUUUCGGUUCGAUGGCAGGCCGAGCGAAAGGCCGCCAUGCAAACGGCGGUGGAUUAUUGGAAGAGGAAACGACCGGGAGAAAGGAUCAAAGCCUAUCGAACGUCUGCCGGCUCCGAACCGGUCGCUUUUACCAAUUUAUUUCCCUCUUGGGAGGUGCGAACGGACAUCGUGGAAUUAAAUAAGAAGAGUGGAAGAACUGGUGAAGGUGAAAUGGUACCGUUGGAAAGGGAUUUAUCGCUGUUAUCUAGAACAACUUAUUCGUUAUCGGAGUUGUUGGAGAGGCCGCUGCCCGAAGGAGUCGAUCCGACUAAUAUAGAAAAGUAUCUUUCUUCGGAGGAUUUCGAGCAGUUGUUGUCGAUGUCGAAGGAGGAAUUCGAUAGGUUGCCUUCGUGGAAAAAGACCGUUCUCAAAAAGGAGAAAGGACUGUUUUGA